GCAAAAUGAUGUGUUUUAUGGAAUGAACACACCUAAUAAACGAUUUCCCAUUAAGUGCUAAUCCCGCUGGCUUAUCGGUUCAAUCUAUUUAUAAAAUCAGUUCAAUCACAUGAAGGCGCAUAUCUCACCGAUGUUGGAAUCAAUUUGUUCCUGUCGCCUUCGGUGCGAAUAAGGUCCACCCCAAGAGCCUGAGUUACCCGCCGGCAUGACGGCGCUGGAACAUCCGGAUGCCAUGCUGCCGUACUCCAAGCUGCUGUCAACAGCGCUGACUGUGGCCAGUGGAAACCCGAACUCCUCGGAUGGCACUUUGCUGCCCAUCCAGGCCACGGCGGCACCAGCUGGCGAAGUGAUGGCCACCGGAGCCGAGAAGGUGGGUGUGCCCUCGAUGAACUCCUACCUGGUGAGCAUGGCGUGGCCCAAGUCGCUGGCGGUGGCCGUCUUCCUGGUCAUCAUCCUGGUCACCGUGGUGGGCAACACACUCGUCAUUCUCGCCGUCCUGACCACUCGCCGCCUGCGCACGGUCACCAACUGUUUCGUGAUGAACUUGGCCAUCACCGACUGGCUGGUCGGGACCUGCGUGAUGCCUCCAUCGGUGGUUCUCUACAUAACAGGCACCUGGCGCUUUGGCUGGAUACUGUGCGACAUUUGGAUCUCGCUGGACAUCCUGCUCUGCACCGGCUCCAUCCUCAGCCUGUGCGCCAUCAGUCUGGAUAGGUAUCUCGCCGUCACACAGCCACUGACGUACUCCAAGAAGCGCCGCUCCAAGCGACUGGCCCUCCUCAUGAUUCUCGUCGUGUGGAUAACGGCCCUGUCAAUCACAUGUCCACCCUAUUUGGGCUGGUACGAGGCUGGGCGGCACCAGGCGGAGUUCGUGGACUGCCGCUACAACCAAAACAAGGGCUACGUGGUCUUCUCGGCAAUGGGAUCGUUCUUCAUCCCGCUCACCGUGAUGCUGUACGUCUACGUUAAGAUUGGUUAUGUCCUCACGUCGCGGCGACAGCGCAUUGUGCGCGAUGCGCACUCGGAGCGCACGGCGGACUACGAUGUGGAUGGGGACAACUUCAUCUCGGAGUCGGAGCACUAUCAUUGUACGCCAACCAAGUGGCUACCGAGCAGGAGGUCUCGCUGGAGGUUCAACUCCCUGCACGACCCACCCGGCGCCACCACGAAUGCAGCCAAGGGACACCAGUCGUCCGUCAAGUGCUCCAAGUGCUCCUCUGUCACUGGAACUGCAGCUGGAACUGGAGCUGGAGCUGGAACUGGACCUGCAGCUGGAGUGGCGGACAAAACGCUGACGUUCAAGCACCAGCCCACCUUCUACGAGCUGGUCGAGGUGUCGCGCCUCUCGUCGCUCAUUCACUGCUCGGCAAUUAGCUGCAAGUAUGGAGGACCCUGCAUGCACUCCACGCCCUCGGGCAUGCACUACGUGGGCACGGACGCCUCCUUCUCGGACACCUGCCUGGGUGGCAAUGCGAGUAACACCAGCACCUCCAACACCGCCGCACUGGACACCAACGAGAAACUGGAGGCGGAGGCCCAGCAAAAGCGGAAGCGAUCCUCCUUCGACCACCAUCACCCACACCCGCACCCACAUCCACAGCACCAUGGCUCCCAGAGCCAUCACACCCAUCACAACCACCACCACCGCAUGCCGAUGCGAGUUUCGACCACGAAACGUGAUAGCAAGACCGCCAAGACCCUGACUAUUGUGAUGGGCGGCCUAAUUGCUUGCUGGCUGCCCUUCUUCGUCUAUUAUCUGCUGAUUCCCUUCCUGCCGCGACCCGCCGUCCUCGAGGACCUCAUGUUCGGCUUCACCUGGAUUGGCUGGGUCAACUGCGCCAUCAACCCGUUCAUCUACGCCUUCUACAAUCCGGACUUUCGCACUGCCUUCUGGCGGCUCACUUGUCGCCCCAUUUGCAAGCAGAAGCGUCCUCCCAACCACCUGGCCAUGUUCCGUGGCUAGUUUCCGGAUGCGGAUGAAGAUGCAGAUGCAUAUUCAGAUGCCGAUACGGAUCCGGAACGCUUUCCGAAUCACUGAACACUUGAGUGUGUGUCACAGUCGCAGUCCCCAGUCGCACAAUCGACGCUCACUUGGGGUGGUGGGGGAAAUAUCUCAGGCAUAUCCUUAGCUUUUCGCCGUGCUGGCUCACCGACUUCAUUGUAUUCACCUUACAAAAGCAGAUUUGUGCUUAUUAGUGGGGGAACUAUUUACGCACAUUUUAAUCUUUUUGAAAAGCAGAACAAGUAGUGCCAAUGCAAGGACAUCAAGUUGACUCUAGACUAGAGUGCAGAUAGUACAUAAAAUUGAAUUUUAGAAGUACAACUAUUUAUAUCCCUUAUUAUUACUUUUCGUGUUAAAGGAACUCAUUGUUACUUAUAAUUAAAUCAAUUGAAGAUGAUAAUGAAAUAUUAGUGUGACGAAACUGCUGAAUUUAAUUCACGUUUUAUAUCCAUAAAAACAGAAAAUUUAGAAAAUAGUUUAAGGCACAUUACCAAAAGUUACCACGCAUGUCCCUCCAGAAAUUGAAACUAAUAUCUUAGGAAACGAAGCCAAUGCAGCGACCUUUUGGCCAACUCUUGGCAACUACCUCACCAACUGAGUAUUCAUUUGCAAGGCACUAAGCUGUUUGCCGCACUCUAUCCAUCCUUUAUGCCAAACGCAGCUAGUAAAACUUAGAUACUUACGGUCAAUAUUGAUUUUAACAAAGAUUGCCUUGUUAAACCCAAAAAUCGACUGCCGUUUCAAGCUGUGAAAGCCGCAC